AUGUCCGCUCAGCCCAACGAUACGAAACUCACAAACAGCAAGCGUACUCCGGCCCUAGAUCUACCAGAUGAAGAACUAGGACAGAGCAUUACUACAAGCACUGUUGGUAGAGACUUUGUGGAAGAUGCCACGAUUACAGCUCUCGGCUACACCCCAGCCUAUCGUAGAGUCCUUGGGGCUUUCGCCAACUUCUGUGUCGUUUUGUCGCUUGCAUCUCCUUUGGGCGCCAUCAUCGUAUCCGGCCAUUACCAAGUUUAUCACGCCGGGUAUUGGGGACUUUCAUGGGGCUGGAUCAUCCCAAAUGUCAUGAUGCUGCCUCUGGUGCUUGCCAUAUGUGAACUUUGUUCCUCAAUGCCUGUCAACGCAGGAUUCUAUUGGUGGGCUGCAGCUUUAGCUCCUCCAAAAUUGUCCCGGCCCAUCGCGUUCAUCACCGGGUGGUGUAACGUGCUGGCCCUUUCAACCUCGUUGGCCGCUUUUGCCUAUGCUGUUGCGGCUGGUUUCACUGAGAACAUCGUUUCCGCGAAGGAGGGCUUGACCUUCACAAACGCACAAGUCAUGGGAGUUGCGAUUGGCAUUGUUACGCUGUGGGCCAGUCUCAUGUUGCUCCGUUUGGAAAAUGUGAGCAUCCUUAUGAUAAUUACCGCAACGUUUCUUGUUACCACUUCAAUCGGCUUCAUCAUCGCUCUACCCAUAACCCAUUCGCAACUCGGACUUCCAUUUGCAUCUGCUGCUGACGUGUUUGGCAAAUUCACAAACUAUUCGUCGUGGCACGAAACAGCUAUCGCUGUGCCACUUUGUUUCUACAGCGCCCUCUUUGUUAACACAGUCUGGAUGUCCCCAGCUUACAUCGCAGAAGAAACGCACAAUGCCAGAGUCGAGACGCCGAAAGCUAUGCUUCAGUCCUUUAUCGCCACGGCAGUUAUUGGUCUAGGAAUUUGCCUUGCUUUUGCGUUUUGCAUCAACGACAUGAGUGCCAUCGCACACGACCGCCGGUGA